AUGAUGCAGCCACCGCGGUGGGUGACAGUCCUGCUUCUGCUGGCGGUGUCCGUGCCGGCGCGCGUGGUGGCGGCGCACGUGUGUCCGCCGCUGUCGUGCGCGGCGACGCGGCUGGGGUACCUGUGGGACCACAACAACCAGGGCCACCUGGGGGAGGAGGAGCUGCAGGGCGACCUGCGCAAGUCGCAGCACUGCAUGCUGCUGUGCCGCCGCACGCGCGGUUGCUUCAUCUGGAUGUUCCGCUUUAGCAGCGACGGAGCGUUCUGCCGCAUGUGGUCUUUGGAGCAGAGUCCGUGCAAUGUGGACCCCAGCGACGGCGCCAACCCCGUGCACUACAACCCCACGCCGCCCUGGGAGGGCUUCUUCGGCUUCGGCGGCAACUGCUCCUCCGACGGCGAGGCGCAGGGGCAGGGGCAGGGGAUGGGGCAAGGGCAGGGGCAAGUACAGGGCCAGGGGCAGAUUCCUCUUGGCGCUGUGCCUGCUGAGGACUUGACUGUGCCCAAGGAGUACUUUCUGCCUGCUAGAGGAGUCCCCACGGAGCCGUGUCCAUGGCUAAAGUGCAACGUGGCGACGCGCGGGUUCCUGUUUGACCACCCGGCGCGCGGCCACCUGACGGUCAUCUCCACCGCCACCAGCCGCCGCCGCCGCGCUCACGACUGCUGGAGCGCGUGCCGCAAGACAGAGGGGUGUGCCUUCUGGAUGUUCGAACAGGGCAACUCCCCCACAGGAUAUUGCAAGAUGUGGAACAACGAGCAGAACCCGUGUGACCCUGACAUGCCAGGUGAUCCCACGUCAGCACAUUUCCAGCACAGGGAGGACAGGCGCUUCGUGGUGGGAGGGCACUGCAAGGGAGGAGCCUCCAACUUCCAGUUCCAGAACAGGCAAAGACAGUUGUAG